AUGGGGUGUCGCCGGCGGGGGAGAUGCUCCGUCUCCAUCUCAGAGCUCGUCUUCGCCUUCCUCGUCGGCGGCGUACUAGCGGCGGCACCUUGGGAGUUUUUCUCGCUGCCCUCGUGCUGCUGCAUCGCCGCCGACGACGCGGCGGCAGGGGGCGAAGCGCCGCCCGCUUCCCAGGCGGGCUCCCGGCGGGGAGCGGCGGCGAAGGCCGGCGAAGAGGUGGAGACGAGGGAGCUGUCGGCAGCGAUCAUGGCCGCAGCUACCUCGCCGGAGAUGGGGCGCUGGCUGAGGUGGGUGCGGCGGCGGAUCCACGAGCUGCCGGAGCUCGCCUACGAGGAGGUGGAGACGAGUGCGCUCAUAAGGGAGCAGCUGGACGCCAUGGGAGUCCCCUACCGGUACCCUUUGGCCGAGACCGGCAUCAUCGCUACCGUCGGCGGCGGCGAGCCGCCCUAUGUAGCCCUCCGCGCCGACAUGGACGCCCUCCCCAUCCAGGUCUUUCCUCCCCCCUGCAACAAGAAACCCAAGUGAGAGAGAGAGAGGGAAGAUGAAAACAGAGAUACCUGACCGUACCGCUAGUUGUUCUUCCCGCAGGAGGCGGUGGAGUGGGAGAACAAGAGCAAGGUCGCCGGCAAGAUGCACGCAUGUGGGCACGACGCGCAUGUAGCGAUGCUCCUCGGCGCCGCCAAGAUCCUGAAGAGCCGCGAGCGUCACCUGCGGGUCGGUGCUCUCGGUCCCCCGCCGCCUGCUCCUAGCAUGUUGGAUGUGACAUUCCUCCCCUGUGUACGAUGAUGACAGGGGACGGUUAAGCUGCUGUUCCAGCCGGCGGAGGAAGCAGGUGUUGGAGCACAGAGGAUGAUCGAAGACGGAGCUCUGAAGGGCGUGGAGGCCAUCUUCGCUGCCCACGUCUUCCAUGAGCUCCCAACCUCCAUAAUCAGCUCCAGGCCAGGCCCUGUGAUGGCCGGGUGCGGCUUCUUCAAGGCGGAGAUAAGAGGAAGAAGAGGCCAAGCGGGGUACCGCCAGCACUCUGUGGAUCCCGUUCUGGCCGCCUCUGUCGCCGUGAUCAGCCUUCAGAACAUCGUCUCCCGGGAGGCAAAUCCCCUGGACUCACAGGUGAAAGAAGUUUUCUAAAUGACGAUCAUAACUCAUAGCAAGGAAGAAGAAAAAACAAAAAAGGAAAAUAGUUUUCAACCAAGAUAACUUUUUCAAUCAUUAUCGUCGGACCCAGUCGGAGAGACGAGACGACGGGAAUGAGUUCAUCCCACUGUUGGUGGACGAGAAUUAUAGCCGGUUACCUGCAUGAGAUCACGGGGUGGCCAGUUCUGCAAAGAGACGAGAUCGCUGUGUUUUUGCUCCUGUCGACGACGAUGGUUCAGUAACUCACCCUUGUCUCUCUCUCUUCUGCUUCAGGUGAUCUCCGUGGCAUCAUUCAAUGGAGGCAGCACCCUGGACCAGAUCCCGGACUUGGUCACCCUCGCUGGCACCUUCAGGGCCUUCAACACCAGCAGCCUCCACCAGCUCCGGCACAGGAUAGAGGAGGUGCAUGCCGGACUCCAUGGAUCUCAGUUACCACUCUCGGAACCUCAUGAUCUUCAUUUAAAUAAACCCACGGGCUCAGAGCUGUGAAUAAACAACAGGUGAUCGUCGAGCAGGUUAGGGUUUACAGAUGCACAGCCUCUGUCAACUUCUUCGAGAAAGAUUAUCAGUUCUAUCCUCCAACAGUGAACAACGACCUUCUGGCCGAGCAUGUGCGGAGGGUAUCCGUUGACCUUCUGGGCCCAGAGAACUACAGGACUGUAGCACCUGUAAUGGGUGGGGAGGACUUCUCCUUCUACGGCCAGGUCGUGCCAGCCGCCUUCUUCUACAUCGGGAUACGCAACGAGACUUUGGGAUCUAUCCACAUUGGCCAUUCUCCCUACUUCAUGAUAGACGAAGGCGUGCUCCCCAUUGGAGCCGCAGCUCACGCCGCCAUAGCAGAGAGAUAUCUCAGGGAACGUCACCUGAACCACCUGAACCUGCACCGUCUUUCUGCUUGA